UCUUCUCUUCUCCGCCUCGCCGCAGCGCCAAGAAACCCACCUCUCCUUCCCCCGCGCGCCUCUGCUCUCCAUCUUCACCGGUGACAGAUGGAGCAGUUCCAUCACGGCCAGCACGUGCGGCUGCGCAGCCGCGUGCACGGCACGUACCUGCACGCCGAUGAGGACGGACAUGGCGUCAACCUCCGCGUCCGCUGGGAGUCUAUGAACGCGGCUUGGGCGGUGCACCGGCACCCGGGCGAGGACGGACAGUUCCUGCUCCUACACAGCGCCGCCUACGGCCACUACCUCGCCGCCACGGACGUGCCGGCGCCGCCCGGCCACCGCGGGCUCCGCGUCGAGCAGCGCGACUACGACCAUCCUGAGGUGGAGCCACUCGUUUGGCAGGACUCCCCUUCCUCCCCUUCCUCAUCCCCGCCAGGGAGGUCAUGCCUCCCCUUCCACGUCCGAUUGGGUUUCCCCACCCCAUGUUGCGGUCGCGGAUGAUCAUGUACAUGUGGCGGAACAUCCUCGGGGGCCUCAUCACCCGCGGCUCGUUCGUGUUUAGGGGGAGGUCCGUGUUCCGCCUGAGGAAUCAGCUGGUCAAGCUGCUGCGCCCCAUGGUAGACUUGAACGACUCCGAGCUCGUCAUGGGCCUCCCCACACGUGAUGGCCGGAUGUUUCCACUCGUCGUCGACCUGCCCAGCAGCGGCCAUACCCUCCACAUCUUCGUCGUCAUCGUCGGGACGCCUGAGUAGAGAGAUACCCCUAGAAGUCGCCUUCCUGUCCACCUCUUCAGAAGUGUCGCCGCCUCGGACACGACGACAUUAGAACCCAGUUCCUUUCAUAGAGAUAUGGGUUCAGGAAAACCCAGCAGUUCAUGUGUUCCUGCUACUUAAACUUGGUUUGUUCUCCUGACAGUAGGAAACCUAUUUGCUUUGC